AUGAACCCCUCUGUUGUGGCUGCCACAAGAGGAUUGGACUUCUCCAAAGUUCAACAAGUGGCAAGGGAAAGCCAUGAGAAGAUGCAAAAGUCCAUGGACAAGAUGGUGAGCAAGAUCAAAAGUUUGGAGAAGAAGGUUUCUGGUUCUUCAAGCAAGAAGAAGUCCAAGGCCCCACAUUCCCUAGGAGUAGGUCACUCCUCACCACCCAAAGGAGGCUCCCUGCCCAAGAGCCUCACAGAGCCUCUUCUUUCGAGCCAAGGGAAGGAGAAGACAACACGCAGAGAAGGAGGAAGAGUUCCAAGGCCAGACGCUCCAGCUCGACCACCGGACUCGAUCGAGUCCAAACAGAGGAAACUCAACUCGAUCGAGCUGACGGUCGAGUUGACUGGAGGACCUGUUUGA